UCCCAUCUUUGCCCCUCACUCGCCAAAUUUUAUUCUCUCUCUAAAAAUCUAUUUUCUCUCUCUAGUUCAGUCUUCUAGCUUGAAUGGAGGUGACUUGAAAAAUUAAUUCAGCUGCAAUUUUUCUUCACAGAAAACCUCUCUCCUUUGUUGCUACGGCGCACUUGUUAAUUGAUCUUCAGAUAUUCGAACGAUUACACAAAAUCAAACUUGAUGUCUCCACCACUGUUGGGAAUCGAGGGGCAUAAUCAGGCCAAUGUUUCUCCGAUGGCUUCUUCGUCUUCGACCGACUGUGUCUCCCAAAACGUCUCUUGUCUGAAAGAACGCAAUUAUCUCGGAUUAUCCGAUUGUUCCUCCGUGGACAGCUCCACGGUAAUGUUAACUGUGCCUGCGGAUCCCAAGAGCAAUUUAAACCUCAAGGCCACUGAACUAAGGCUCGGUCUUCCUGGGUCCCACUCACCCGGACGAGAAUCUGAAUUUUCACCGCUGAUCGACGAGAAGCAGUUGUUUCCAUUGAUUCCUUCCAAGGAUGGAAUAUUCUCUUCCGGAAACAAACGAGGGUUUGCCGACACUGUCAACGCCUUUUCCAGCAGGCCAGCUGGCACUCACACGAAAACCGAAGUCGCAUCACAAGAGUGCAAUAACAACAAGAUAAAUGGUUCUAACAUAAGCAGUGCACCAUCUGCUAAGGCACAGGUUGUUGGUUGGCCACCAAUUAGAUCUUUCCGGAAGAAUACUCUCGCGACAACCUCAAAGAAAAACGAUGAUGUCAUUUUCGUUAAGGUUAGCAUGGACGGUGCUCCUUAUCUAAGGAAGGUGGAUUUGAGAACUUGUGCUACUUAUCAAGAACUUUCCUCUGCUCUCGAGAAAAUGUUCAGCUGUUUUACCAUAGGACAAUGUGGGCCCGAGGGAGCUCCGAGCAGGGAAGUGCUGAGCGAGAGUAAGUUGAGGGAUAUUCUUCAUGGAUCGGAAUAUGUGCUGACGUACGAGGAUAAAGAUGGUGACUGGAUGCUUGUUGGAGAUGUUCCGUGGGAGAUGUUCAUUUCUUCAUGCAAGAGACUCAAAAUUAUGAAAGGUUCUGAUGCAAUCGGAUUAGCUCCGAGGGCUUUGGAGAAAUCGAAGAACCGGAACUAGAAUUGAAUUACAAGGAAUGCUGCGUUCGUAAAAGGCUCGUUUUGGAGUCAGGGAUCAUGUUUUAGAUGUCUCUUCUGGUCUUCUUUAUAAUUAAUUAUAUAUGCUUUAUUUUGCAUGGAUUAUGUGUGUACAUCUUUAUCUUUUAUGUUUAAUUUAUUAUUACCCUUAUUAAUUAAUCUCCCAUUUUUAGUUGGCGCCAUAGUUUGUACCAAGUGUUUGUGAAGAUCAUACUUCCUAUGUUGGGACAAAGGCUACUUUUUAUUGAUGAAUGUGUGUGGUCUAAUACUUGUUAGAUAUGUUCUAUUAAUAUAUAUAUGAACUACUUUUUUGGA